CCUGUUCCCAGCCAAUCUCCUUUGUUGGCCUGUUCAUCUCGCUCAACCUUCACCUACCAUCAAACUCAGGAGGGGCACCUUCAACGAGGUACUGGGGACUUUUACCAGCACAGUCAGAAUCUACCAAGACAAACUCAUCACAUCCACCAUGUCCCUACUGUCCGCCUGCAGGUUUGCCCCGAAGGUCUUAAAUUCAACGAAGGUGAGCUCGAUAAAGGAGAUGGGCGCUGCAUUGUCCCGGCCCAUGCCAUAACGUUAGCUAGCUAGUAUGCUAAAACGUUGGCUAGCCCAACCAGUUAGUUAGCCACUUACCAAUCAGAACAUACGUGAAGUUAGCAUUUAGCCAUAGUAGCUAGCUAACUAGUUAAAAUACUUUAGGCCUUAGCUAAGUGAUGUGUAGAUUGCUAAACUGCUAACGCGUUAGAACAAGUUCGCAUUCAGGUAGCCAAAUCCAACUAUGUUGUUAUUAGUUAGCCAGCUAAACUAUGUACCGUAGACUAAACUAUUUUUACACUGCUGCUACUCGCUGUUUAUUAUCUAUGCAUAGUCACUUUACCCCUACCUACAUGUACCUAUUACCUCAAUUACCUCGACUAACCGGUGCCCCCGCACAUUGACUCGGUACCGUUACCCCCUGUAUAUAGCCUCGUUAUUGUUAUUUUAUUGUUGCUCUUUUAUUUGUUACUUUAGUUUAUUUAGUAAAUCUUUUUUCUUAACUGCAUUGUUGGUUAAGGGCUUGUAAGUAAGCAUCUCACGGUAAGGUCUACACCUGUUGUAUUCGGCGCAUGUGACAAAUACAAUUUGAUUUGAUUUGUCAUGGAACUCAAGCUUCAGUCUGUCUUGCAGUGAUUAGGUAGGCUAGGUCAUUGUUGGGGAUACAGGCAAGGUCAUUGUUGGGGAUACAGGCUAGGUCAUUGUUGGGGAUAGAGUCAACCUGGUUUGACUGAUUGCCUCUCUCCUGACACAACCCUUCUUGUGCCUUGCAGAGCGCAGCAUGUCUCUUCAUCGCUUCCAGAAAUGCCACUACAUCAACAGUAAGGACUCUGGCUGGACCUCCUUCAAUAUUCAAUUUGAUUUACACACAUGCUUUUUACCUAGCAGUGCUGUGAUGAGGUCAUUUUGAACUGAGUGGCCCUCAUAAAUGAGUUGUCUUUCUAACUGUGAUUUAUUGUAUUUUUCUCUGUGCUGUUGCAGAACCUGAGAGAUGUGCUCUCGGAUCUCGUCCCUAAAGAACAGAGUAGGAUUAAGAAUUUCAAAACGCAGUAUGGCAAGACCAACAUCGGCUCAAUCACUGUGGAUAUGGUACAUUCAGUUCAACUGUCAUUUGUAAACAUUCUACAUUAUAGGUGUACCCCUUUCAGUGCCAGUUGUAGUGUGAAUAUGGUAGCUGUUGAUGUUAAGUGUGUGUGCCCUUGUCUUUACAGAUCUACGGUGGGAUGAGAGGUAUGAAGGGCCUGGUGUAUGAGACCUCUGUGCUGGAUGCAGAUGAGGUGAGUUGGUCUUUGCAGGGAAAGCCCCUGGACAGAGAAUUGAAUGCGUGCUCAGUAUUGGGUAGGGGGAUAGAUUGGGCAUUUUAGCCGUUUUCAGUUGCUUGUUAGUAUCUUAGAUUGUUUACACUUAGCCUAGAUCAGGGGUAGGCAACUAGAUUCAGCUGUAGGCUGAUUUUUGUCUGAGUGGAUGGUCGGUGGGGCUGGAACAUAAUUAUAAUAAUUUCUACACUACAAAUUGAUGACAACUAAGCCAAAUAAUCAUUUCAUACCUUGAUUACAUUAAAGACACGAUCACAUAAGUAACUUUUUUAUUUUAUUUGUAGGAAUACUUGGGAACAGAUUUCCUAUAUUAAACUAUUUUUUUGCUGAAGUCUUUGCCCUUUAGUGAUUCAUUUCCUGUGGCUGAGCUGAAGAGAAUUGUUUUGAAACAGAAUGAUUUGCACACUUGCUUAGUACUCCCCUGAGGGAGAUGGCAGUCAUUUCAGCAGUCAGCACUACUUGUGGAUAUUGGCUUGAAAGUCAUAAGAUAACACUCAUGUGACAUAGGGCCUAUGGGUUAUGUAAUGUCAAUGUGGGGAGUGGGGUCAAAGGUAUUUGAAUAAUAUAAUAAUAAUAUGCCAUUUAGCAGACGCUUUUAUCGAAAGCGACUUAGUCAUGUGUGCAUAAAUUUUUACGUAUGGGUGGUCCCGGGGAUCGAACCCACUACCCUGGCGUUACAAGCGCCAUGCUCUACCAAUUGAGCUACAGAGGACCACCAAUAAAACAGACAGAGGGAAGUUUUUGGUGGUUGCAGCCCUGUCCCACCCCUUUAUAUGAAUUUAUUAAUACAUGCAAAUGCACCCAGUGUAUAUAUGUUAAUGAGGCACAUACAAUUUUCUUUCUUUUGUCACAAAUCUAUAUAUUUUUAUCUGAUAUAAAAAUAAAAUGAUUUUCAUGAUUUUUCUUAAUCCUGGCAUUAUCAGAAAUAAUUUAGAAGUGUUUAGAAACAUCUUAUCUACUCACUUAUAAAGAAAAUUGCUUCAGUCAUCAUUCAGUUACUAUUGGGCAAAACAAACUGCAAAUGCAUCCAACGAGUUUGUAGAGUCAGAAUCUUGAUGUAGUCAUUGCGUGCAAGGAAUAUUAGACCAAAUACUAAUAUUUGGACUACUUUGAUACAUAAAAGUGCUGUCAUUUCUAAACGGUAAAACAUAUGCAUGAAGAUACCCUCAAAUAAAAGGUGACAUUCUGUACUGUUGCCUCAUGAUGAGUAUAGAGCCCCCCCCCCCCCACAUAAAAAUGCCUAACUUUCCAAAUACAUAUGGAGGGGAGUGUAGAUAUCUAUUCAUGGCAAUGAUUAUGACUAAGUAGCUAUUUAUAUGGGUCUGUUAUUAUUCUUUAUUUUUUAAAGGGAAUUCGUUUCCGUGGCUACAGCAUUCCGGAGUGCCAGCAGCUGUUGCCCAAGGCUCCAGGAGGUGCCGAGCCCCUGCCUGAAGGUCUGUUCUGGCUGCUGGUGACAGGCCAGGUGCCCACAGAGGAACAGGUGAGUGUUAGCUAGGCAACUCAUUAUGGAGAGAGAGUAUGGCACAGCAGCUUAAAUGUUGAUACAACAACCCUUUUCAUAAUGGUACAGAGAACAGAUCACAUGAUGUAUAUAUUCAAUAAAAAAGGUUGACCCAUAUAGCAUAAACCACAACAUAAAGCUUUACAACAGACAAUAGCUCUUGAUCUUUUUAUCUGUGGGAGGAGGUUUUCUUCCAUUUUGGUUUAGUGACGGAUGAUAUUUUGCAUAGAAAACUAUAUUCAGUGGCCCUCUCUGUGAUUGUAGGUUCCCUGUAGCUCAGUUGGUAGAGCAUGGCGCUUGCAACGCCAGAGUUGUGGGUUCGUUUCCCACGGGGGGCCAGUAUGAAAAAUGUAUGCACUCACUAACUGUAAGUCGCUCUGGAUAAGAGCGUCUGCUAAAUGACUAAAAUGUAAUUGUAAGGACUUAAUACAUACGUUUGGUGUGCAUAGCUUGACCAAUUACCCUAUUGCUGAUUCUGUGUAUUGUAUCUGUCCCCAGGUGAACUGGCUGUCCAAGGAGUGGGCCAAGCGUGCAGCUCUUCCCUCCCACGUGGUCACCAUGCUGGAUAACUUCCCCACCAACCUCCACCCUAUGUCUCAGUUCAGCGCCGCCAUCACAGCUCUGAACAGUGAGAGCAGCUUCGCUCGGGCCUACUCUGAGGGAGUCAACAAGGCCAAGUACUGGGAGGUGAGCUCAGGAAACAUACCCUGAAGAAUAUUGAACAGUGCACGCUGUUGUGGGAAAACAUGUUCAGUAGGACAAACCGUUGUGAAAUGUAGCAAAAUGUCUGAACGCGCCCCAGUUAUAAGAAGUCGAGAUGGUGGAAUCUGAACAUGUGUUAAUUGAUCUAUUGAAAGAGUUCCUUUUUUCCGAUUACACUAUUGACAUGAAAAUUAUUCUAUUUUCUCAGUUUGUCUAUGAAGACUCCAUGGAUCUGAUCGCUAAACUGCCUUGCGUUGCGGCCAAGAUUUACCGCAACCUUUACCGCGAGGGCAGCAGCAUUGGCGCAAUUGACUCCAGUCUGGACUGGUCCCACAACUUCACCAACAUGCUGGGCUACAGCGAUACCACGUUCACUGAGCUUAUGCGCCUGUACCUCACCAUCCACAGGUCAGUUUUAUAGAGCGUUCUACUUCAUUCAUAAUCUUUUUUUCUCUUUAUCAUCCAUUACCUUGUUAACUUUAAGAUGUGCAUAUUCAGCUCCUGCUCUGUCAUUGCACAAUGCAGUUAUGUGGCUACAUCACUUAUUUAUUCACUCACUCCCCUUUUCUCCUUCGCUAGUGACCAUGAGGGUGGUAACGUGAGUGCCCACACCAGCCACUUAGUGGGCAGUGCCCUGUCUGACCCCUACCUCUCCUUCAGCGCAGCUAUGAACGGAUUGGCCGGACCCCUUCAUGGACUGGCUAACCAGGUGUGUACGGAUGCUGAUGUCAAAGUUAACAUCCAACCUACUAGUGUGUGUGUGUAUAUGCUGUCAACUGAGUAUACAAAACAUUAGGAACACCUUCCUAAUAUUGAGUUGCACCCCCCUUUGCUCUCAGAACGGCCUCAAUUCGUCGGGGCACGGACUCUACAAGGUGUCGAAAGUGUUCCACAGGGAUAAUAAUAAUAUGCCAUUUAGCAGACGCUUUUAUCCAAAGCGACUUAGUCAUGCGUGCAUACAUUUUUCUUUUUGUGUAUGGGUGGCCCAUGUUGACUCUAAUGCUUCCCACAGUUGUGUCAAGUUGGCUGGAUUCUUGAUGCACACGGAAAACAGUUGAGCGUGAAAAAUCCAGCAGCGUGCAGUUCAUGACACACUCAAACCGGUGCGCCUGGCACGUACUACCAUACCCUGUUCAAAGGCACGUCAAUAUUUUGUCUUGCCCAUUUACCCUCUGAAUGGCACACAUACACAAUUCAUGUCUCAGUUGUCUCAAUGCUUAAAAAUCCUUCUUUAACCUGUCUCCUCUUCAUCUACACUGUUUUGAAGUGGAUUUAACAAGUGACAUCAAUAAGGGAUCAUAGCUUUCACCUGGUCAGUCUAUGUCAUGGAAAGAGCAGGUGUUCCUAAUGUUUUGUACACUCAGUGUGUGUGUAUAUAUGUGUGUAUAUACAAUACCAGUCAAAAGUUUGGACACACCUACUCAUUCAAGAGUUUAUCUUUAUUUUUUACUAUUUUCUACAUUGUAGAAUAGUAGUGAAGACAUCAAAACUAUGAAAUAACACAUGGAAUCAUAUAGUAACCAAAAAAGUGUUAAACAAAUCAAAAUAUAUUUUAUAUUUGAGUUCUUCAAAGUAGCCACCCUUUACCUUAGUGAUAGCUUUGCACAUUCUUGGCAUUCUCUCAACCAGCUUCACCUGGAAUGCUUUUCCAACAGUCUUGAAGUUGUUCCCACAUAUGCUGAACACUUGCUGGCUGCUUUUCCUUCACUCUGCAGUCCAACUCAUCCCAAACCAUCUCAAUUGGGUUGAGGUCGGGGGAUUGUGGAGGCCAGGUCAUCUGAUGCAGCACUCCAUCCCUCUCCUUCUUGGUCAAAAAGCCCUUACACAGCCUGGAGGUGUGUUAGGUCAUUGUCCUCUUGAAAAACAAAUGAUUGGCCCACUAAGCCCAAACCAAAGGCGGGUGUAUUGCUGCAGAAUGCUGUGGUAGCCAUGUUGGUUAAGUGUGCCUUGAAUUCUAAAUAAAUCACUGACAGCGUCACCAGCAAAGCACCAUCAAACCUCCUCUAUGCUUCACGGUGGAAACUACACAUGUGGAGAUCAACCGUUCAUCUACACUGCGUCUCACAAAGACACAGCGGUUGUACCCAAAAAUCUCAAAUUUGGACUCCAGACCAAAGGACACAUUUCCACCGGUCUAUUGUCCAUUGCUUGUGUUUCUUGUCCCAAGCAAGUCUCUUCUUCUUAUCGGUGUCCUUUAGUAGUGGUUUCUUUGCAGCAAUUCGACUUUGAAGGCCUGAUUCAUGCAGUCUCCUCUGAACAGUUGAUGUUGAUACAUGUCUGUUAUUUGAACUCUGUGAAGCACUUAUUUGGGCUGCAAUUUCUGAGGCUGGUAACUCUAAUGAAUGUAUCCUCUGCAGCAGAGGUAACUCUGGGUCUUCCUUUCCUGUGGCGGUCCUCAUGAGAGCCAGUUUCAUCAUAGCACUUGAUGGUUUUUGCGACUGCACUUGAAGAAACGUUCAAAGUUAUUCACAUUUUCUGGAUUGACUGACAUUCAUGUCUUAAAGUAAUGAUGGACUGUCGUUUCUCUUUCCUUAUUUGAACUGUUCUUGCCAUAAUAUGGACUUGGUCUUUUACCAAAUAGGGCUAUGUUCGGUAUACCCCCCCUACCUUGUCACAACACAACUUAUUGGCUCAAACGCAUUAAGAAGGAAAGAAAUUCCACAAAUUAACUUUUAAGAAGGCACACCUGUUAAUUGAAAUGCGUUCCAGGUGACUACCUCAUGAAGCUGGUUGAGAGAAUGCCAAGAGUGUGCAAAGCUGUCAAGGCAAAGGGUGGCUAUUUGAAGAAUCUCAAAUAUAAAAUAUGUUUUGGAUUUGUUUAACACUUUUUUGGUUACUACAUGAUUCCAUAUGUGUUAUUUCAUAGUUUUGAUGUCUUCACUAUUAUUCUACAAUGUAGAAAAUAGUAAAAAUAAAAACCCUGGAAUGAGUAGGUGUGUCCAAACUUUUGACUGGUACUGUACAUACAUACACAAUGCAUUCGGAAAGUAUUCAUUUUGUUACGUUCCAGCCUUAUUCUAAAAUUGAUUAAAUAGUUUCCCCCCCUCAAUCUACACACAAUACCCCAUAAUGACAAAGAAAAAACAGGUUUUUAAAAAGGAAAAAAUAAAAGGCAAUAUCACAUUUACAUAAGUAUUCAGACCCUUUACUCAGUACUUUGUUGAAGCACCUUUUGGUAGUGAUUACAGCCUCAAGUCUUCUUGGGUAUGUCGCUACAAGCUUGGCACAACUGUAUUUGGGGAGUUUCUCCCAAUCUUCUCUGCAGAUCCUCUCAAGCUCUGUCAGGUUGGAUGGGGAGUGUCGCUGCACAGCAAUUGUCAGGUCUUUCCAGAGAUGUUCGAUCGGGUUCAAGUCCGGGCUCUGGCUGGGCCACUCAAGGACAUUCAGAGACUUGUCUCGAAGCCUGUGUUGUCUUGGCUCUGUGCUUAGGGUUGUUGUCCUUUUGGAAGGUGAACCUUCGCCCCAGUCUGAGGUCCUGAGUGCUCUGGAGAAGGUUUUCAUCAAGGAUCUCUCUGUUAAUCUUUCCCUCGAUCCUGACUAGUCUCUCAGUCCCUGCCACUGAACAACAUCCCCACAGCAUGAUGCUGCCCCCACCAUGCUUCACCGUAGAAAUUGUGCCAAGUUUCCUCCAGACGUGACGCUUGGCAUUCAGGCCAAAGAGUUCAAUCUUGGUUUCAUCAGACCAGAGAAUGUUGUUUCUCAUGGUCAGAGUUCUUUAGGUGCCUUUUGGCAAACUCCAAGCGGGCUGUCAUAUGCCUUUUACUGAGGAGUGGCUUCCGUUUGGCCACUCUACCAUAAAGGCCUGAUUGGUGGAGUGCUGCAGAGAUGGUUGUCCUUCUGGGAGGUUCUCCCAUCUCCACAGAGGAACUCUGGAGCUCUGUCAUAGUGACCAUCGGGUUCUUGGUCCCCUCCCUGACCAAGGCCCUUCUCCCCCGAUUGCUCAGUUUGGCCGGGCGGCCAGCUCUAGGAAGGGUCUUGGUGGUUCCACACAUCUUCCAUUUAAGACUGAUGGAGGCCACUGUGUUCUUGGGGACCUUCAAUGUUGCAGACAUUUUUUGGUAUCCUUCCCAGAUCUGUGCCUCGACACAAUCCUGUCUCGGAGCUCUAUGGACAAUCCUUCGACCUCAUGGCUUGGUUUUUGCUCUGACCUGCACUGUCAACUGUGGGACCUUUUAUAUAGACAGGGGUGUGCCUUUCCAAAUCAUGUCCAAUCAAUUGAAUUUACCACAGGUGGACUCCAAUCAAGUUGUAAAAACAUCUCAAGGAUGAUCAAUGGAAACAGGAUGUACCUGAGCUCAAUUUUGAGUCUCAAAGCAAAGGGUAUGAAUACUUAUGUAAAUAAGGUAUCUUUUUAUUUUUAUUUUUUAUACAUUUGCAAAAAAUUCUAAAAACAUGUUUUCACUUUGUCAUUAUGAGGUAUUGUGUGUAGAUUGAGGAAAAUGUUUUAUUUAAUCCAUUUUAGAGUAAGGCUGUAAUGUAACAAAAUUAGGAAAAAGUCAAGGGUGCUGAAUACUUUCCGAAUGCACUGUGUAUAUACAUAAUGUGCUAUUUAGCAGACACUUUUAUCCAAAGCUAUGAUUAUGUAAUGUUUUCAUUCAAAGCAAUGCUAUCGGAGUUGCUUAAAAAUACCAAAUUUUCUGUUAUUGUGAUUAUUAACAACUUCAGUAGUGAGAAUGAGAGCAGUGAUUUGUCUAGGUUGGAGUGAUCCCCUACAUUACCUCUGACUGUGCCCCUUGUAGGAGGUGCUGGUGUGGCUGACGGCCCUGCAGAAGGAGAUGGGAGGAGAGGUGUCUGACGAGGCCAUGCGAGACUACAUCUGGAACACCCUCAAGUCUGGAAGGGUAAGUGGUCUAGACUGGAGGUCAUGCCAAGUUGGGUCAAUGAAAGGAAACCCAAAGGAAAUGUUUCCAUCUACCUAAAAGUGGAGUGAACAGGUGCACAAAGUAAAGGAUGCAUUUAUGUCUUCAUUUGAGGAAUAAGCUGCAAGGGGAAUGAUAUGUAACUUCUAAGAUAUUCAACCUAACUUUUUGACCUUCUGUUUGUGUUCUCUUAGGUGGUUCCAGGCUACGGCCACGCCGUCCUGAGGAAGACAGACCCCAGGUACACCUGCCAGCAGGAGUUUGCCUUCAAGCACCUGUCCCGAUGACCCCAUGUUCAAACUGGUGCACCAACUCUACAAGAUCGUGCCCAACGUGCUGCUGGAGCAGGGCAAGGCCAAGAACCCCUGGCCCAACGUGGACGCCCACAGUGGAGUGCUGCUACAGGUGAGUGGUGGGGCGGGGGUACAGGAGGAUGGAGCCAACUAUUGCGGUACACUUUCAACUGAUCGGGAGAGACACUGUGUAAAGGUUACAAGAAAGGCCUCCACCAUCUCUUCAAGGGAUGAAGGAACAUCUAAAAAGUCUAAUUUCAGCAUCUUUUCAUAGUUUGUUCCAUCCUAGUGAACUGUCAGAGACAUAUAAAAAAAAAAGUAUAGCCACUCUCCUACUCUACUUUAGCUGUCCUUUAUCUUUCUGCAAAGCCCUUAUAUAUAUCACAUACAAUUGGGAGCACUAUAAUGAAAUACCUUCCCCUGUGCUGUGAAAUUAACCCUCCAUCCCCUCCCUCUCUCCUGUCUUAACAGUACUAUGGGAUGACAGAGAUGAACUACUACACGGUGCUGUUCGGCGUGUCCCGAGCCCUGGGGGUGCUGGCCCAGCUGAUCUGGAGCCGAGCCCUGGGCUUCCCCCUGGAGCGCCCCAAAUCCAUGAGCACGGACGGACUCAUGAACCUGGUGGGGGCCAACAAGUCCGGGUAAAAAUGAAGUAUCAAAGGAAGAGGGAAGGAGGAGGGCAAAGAAUAAC